AUGCCUUUCCCCUUCCCCUGUACAGAGAAGGAGGCAGAGACAUGCACGUGGCGCACAUCCACCCCACCAUGGCCGUCGGUGCCGUUGCUGUCGAUCAUCCGACGGUCGAGGGGAUGCAUAAGAGCAAGCCCCGAGUCCCCCCUCUCUCCCCUAGUGACCCUAGCCCUUGUUCCUCCCUCCCUCUCACUCACGUUCGUCAGUUCGAGGCUCCCUGACCCCGCCGUGGCCUUGUCAUCAUCGAUCCCGCAGCCACCGAGCCUCCUGCACCUCCUACUAGUGCCCACCGGCUUCCCCGUUGUCGACUACGUCAACUACGGGCACUCGUUCGACUGGAGCCGCGAUGAAUCCUCGCCAUCUGGUCAUCUUCCUGGUCACGGCCGCCGCCGUUCGUCGUCGGAUUCGCCGCCUCCCGAGCUCCCCCGACCUCCCUACCUCGUCCACGAGCACCGGAUGCCGGAGCCCAGGAUCCAGACGCCACCAUUGACGACGACUCCUACUACACCGGAGGUGCCUUCUACUAUGUGCAGCCGCUGAUGACGACCAG